AUGGCGAAACGCAGGGCGGACUCGGCAUGCGAAAAUCCCAUAGUCAAAAGACCAUCAGUGUCCCAACUUGUCGCAACAAUCGCUCAAAAUGAUCCUGUCAAGGCCACCAGGAAGAGCACAGCAAGAGCACCUUUGAGGGAAUUUGGUCCAUGGCAAAAUGCAUCCACCGCAAACCUUCGACCCAAACCAAGGCGCACUCGCGAAAGCAUCGCACCGCAAAGCGUCCCAACACUCAAGCCUGGAUUGGAGCUCGCCGGACGUCCACUCGAGACCAUGAAGGGCGAGGAUAUUGCUUCUGUCAAGGAAGUCAUUCUUUUGCCAACUACCCUUGCCGUCAUCAAACCAAACUGGCCAUUUUGCUUCGACGUUAACUGCACGCCUCAACUUGGCCCACCCCUCCCUCAACAUAUCGCUGAAGACCUCUACGCCAAAUACGUCUGUUCGAGUCCUCUCCUGAGACCAGGCAAACUCCCAUACAUGCACAUCGGCACCACGACCCUCGGAUUCAAACUCCACUUCUACUUGAUCCUGCCCAACGCAGGAGGACCACCACACGCCGUGAACACGGGUCAUCUCACAGACGAAACCCUCCAAACCCUCUUCGACACCUGCAUCAACUCGGCCCUCGCCGCCACCGACCCCCAACGCCGCGGCUUCACCUCCUGGAUGCAAGCCAUGAACGAAUCGAACCUCCUCCCCCUGAAAUCCCGCAACCGCACCAGCGCCCCCGAAAUCCAAGAAGAACGCGUGCACUGCAUCCACCUCGACGCCAUCUGGCGCAGCAUCUCGGAAUGCGAAGACGACGCCGCGAGAGAUCUGCUGGAUGGGUAUGUGCUGGUGGCGUACGGGAAUGUCGAGGGGCAUUGUUGGCAUGAGGGGUGGAAGCCUACGUGGGGGAGUUUUCGGAAGGAUUGGGAGGCGGGGGUGGAGGGGAGGUUUUUGAGGGAGGAGAGUCGGGUUGUGGUGGGGAUGGAGUUGGGGGUGGGUGUUGUUGGGGAGGGUGAGGAUGUGGGGAGGAGGGGGAGUUCGAGGUAUGAGAGGAAUAAGGCGAGGAGAACAUCCCUUCACCGAGCUGGUUGGUCAUGCACAAUCCUUCGUCCUUCAGCCGGCUUCUUGCUUCUCUUCGACUCCUACAAUUCGGACGACCGACCGAUACCUGGGCUAAUGACACUCAUCUGGACCGGCUCGCACUGA